AUGGACUAUCGGAUCACAUUCUUCCUGCGAAUGAAAUGGAAUGACGAGCGAUUGCGGUUCAAAGAAAUGGGAAGUCCACUCACAAUGCUCACCGUGUCGCCAGAAGUGCUCCAUAACAUCUGGAAGCCAGACAUUUUCUUUUCAAACGAAAAGCAAGCGAAUUUUCACUCAAUAACGGCGGAAAACAAACUUUUACGAAUCGACCACGAAGACCCUGACUCAGGUUUUCUACACAGGUUGCCGAGCCCAGUUAUCAGCUGGGUUUCGUUUUGGAUCUCCAUCGACGCUGUGCCAGCAAGAGUCAGUCUGGGGAUAACAACGGUCUUAACAAUCACGAGCCAACGUGCAUCAAUUUCAUCGUCGCUCCCAAAAGUCUCGUACAUUAAAGCGCUGGAUAUUUGGAUGGUCAUUUGUAUUGCGUAUGUAUUCGCCGCUGUGCUAGAAUACGCCUGCGCGAACUUCAUUUCUCGGCAACAUAAGGGGAUUCUUGAGCAAAUUCAUCGGAAAAGAGUGGAAUGGGCGCUGUUCGGCACCGCUGGAGCAACUUUAACCGAGCAGAGUCUGAGCUACUGCGAGCCGAGCUCGAUCAGCCUAAGCCACGGGGUCGCUACUACAUAA